AUGCCGCUAGACCACACAGCCUUCCCUACCAUCAUCGACCGCAUCAUCACUCUCUGCGACCGCCCCACCCUCCUAGCCUUUCGCGCAACAUCUCAAGCAUACCGCUGCAGAAUCAGCAAGACCGUCUUUGCCCACGCCGCGCUCCUCCAGCUCGGCAGCUCGUACUCUCUCGUGCUGCCAUGCCAGGCGGGCCCGCGGCCGAUCGACUUCCUCCCAUUAGUCGACGUCUCGAUCUCCACGAUCGACCUGUACCUCGACGGGGCGCCCACCCCACGGGUUGUCAAGUUCGUCGGGCAGUUGGGCAACCUGCGCACGCUGCGCCGGUUCGGUCGCGGCCGCGAGGUACCUAUCGCGCCCAACGUGCGAUCAGACACAACCGUGGUCGACUACAUCUCUUUCUGGAAGAAGGAGAAGAUCUACCUCGUCCCAGCCGCCGCGCGGCACAUACUCCACUUGAACUGGGACGGCGCGCACACCACGACGACGUUCUCCUUCCCCGCUGUUAGGCUACCGCACACGACAUUGUCCGAGGUCGUGAUCGUCAUCCACCGCCGCCAGUCCGUUUCAUCGACCACAUUCUCCCCCUUCACAGCUUUGUACACCCUGGUCGAGGCGCUCGCUGUGCGCAUUCUCGCGGGCAUGACGGUCACUGUUGUCGGGCUUGAACGUCUCGACCCCCGGCAGAUCAGCGUGACCGCGUCCCAUACGCUCGGGGACGCCACCGCCGCGGAGGAGGCAUUCAAGGACGUGCUACUGAAGCAUCUGAAGAACAGUACCAACCACCCGCUCCGCACCUCUGCUCAAGGCGUCACGGACGCCGUGUCAUGCGUCACCAUGACCGACUGGCGCCGAAGCCUGGGCGAGCGGCGGGACGUUGAGGGCGGUUGGGUGAUGCCGCGGACCUUCCAGCCCUCGUUCAACCACCGCCGGCCCUCGUUCAACCCCAACCCCAACCUCCCAUCGUUCAUACCACCGUAUCUAACCCUUCCAGCCCAAACGUGGUGUAUCAUUAGUUAG